AGUACGCACCAAGUCCAUACAAGACUAACUCUCAAAAAGGGGCAAAACGCCAACCUUCCUACCUAAGUAGAGUAAUGGAAUCACGUGGAUUUCCUUCUCUUCUCAACCCAAAACCCCACUUUCUUCAUUAUCCAAUAUAUCCUCCCAAGUCCCACCUUUUCUCUCUCUUUCUCUACGACCUCCAUUGUUAUAUUCAUCCAUGGCUUCCACAAUCCACGACCUUCCAGAAGCUCUUCUAUCCCACAUCCUUUCCUUAAUAUCUGAACCUCGUUUUCGCAACUCAGCUUCUCUUGUUUCUCAAAAAUGGCGGAUUCUCGAACGCCAUACUCGAACUCACUUAACUCUUCGAGGUAACAUUCGAGACCUGCUUUUUCAUCUACCUGAUUGCUUCACUUAUGUUACUCAUCUCGAUCUCUCUCUUCUUUCUCCUUGGGGACUUUCUCUCUCUUCCUCUUUAUCCUUUAUGGAUGAGCCUUCUUUUCUUCUUGCUCGUCGUCUUCAUCUUGCUUUUCCUUCUGUUAUUUCUCUUACUCUUUAUUCUAGGUCUUACUGCACUCUUUCUUUGUUUUCCCCCUUUUUUGCUUCGAUUAAACAUGUUAAGCUAGUUAGAUGGCAUCAAAGACCUAAUCAAACUCCAAUUGGGUCUGAUUUCGUUACGAUUUUUGAGAAUUCUGGGAUUCUUAGGUCAAUUGAUUUGUCUUGUUUUUAUUAUUGGACUGAUGAUCUUACUCAUGCUUUAGAAGCUUAUCCAAUGAUUGGGAAGAAUUUGGUUGAGUUGAAUUUGUUGAAUUUUUCACUGUCUGAAGGAUUUAAGUCGCAUGAGAUUAUUGAGAUUACUAAAAUUUGCCCUAAUUUGAAAGAUUUUAGGAUUGUGUGUGUUUUUGAUCCUAGGUAUAUUGGGUAUGUUGGGGAUGAAGCGUUGUUGGCGAUUCCUUCUAAUUGUAAGGAACUUAGGGUUCUUCAUCUUGCUGAUAUUUCACAAGGUGAUCGUGAUAUUGAUGAGGAAGGGUUUAGCAGUGAAGAUGCUGGGUUUAGCAUUCAGAGUUUAGUUGGAUUUUUUUCUGGUUUGAGACUAAUUGAGGAAUUGGUGUUAGAUGUUUGGCCUAAUGUUAGAGGAAGUUGGGUUUGUUUGGAAGCUUUGGCUUCGAGGUGUCCGAAUUUGAGGUCUCUUGAGUUGGGUUGUUUUCAUGAGAUUUGUAAGGCUAUUGAAUCUCAUUUGGAUGGGAUUGCUCUUUGUCAGGGACUUGAAUCGUUAACGAUUAAGAAUUCGGCAGAUUUGAAUGAUUUUGGGUUGAUUGCUAUUGGUAGGGGAUGCUCAAAACUUUCGAAGUUUGAGGUGCGUGGAUGUAGAAAGAUUACGAUGAGGGGAUUGAGGACGAUGGUGUGUUUGCUUAGUAAGUCUUUAGUUGAAGUGAAGGUUUCGAAUUGCAGGUAUCUUGAUGCCCCUGCUUCGGUGAUGGCUGUGGAGCCAAUAAGGGAUCGGAUUAGGAGACUCCACAUUGAUUGUAUUUGGGAUGGCGAGAAGCCCGAUAACGAGAACGAGGACGAGUUAGCUGUGCUUAGUGUUGAUGAAUUUAAUGAAUUAGAAACCAAAGAUGACGAUGAUAUGAUCGAGGAAGAAAAUAGGAUGAAGAAGAGAUGUAGGAUGUCUUUGGACGCAGAAAGUUGGUUAAUGAUGAAUGGCAACAUAAGAGAAUAUAGCACUAGCAAUGGCUAUCGCUUAAAGACAUGGGCAUGUCUCGAAUUCCUUUCGCUUUGGAUCGGUGUAGGAGAGCUCUUGACACCAUUAGCAGACGUGGGACUCGAGGAUUGCCCUAAUUUAACGGAAAUUCAUAUAAAGAUGGAGGGUGAUUGUCGAGAAAGACCAAAACCGUCACAGGGCACAUUUGGGAUCAGCUCACUCGUGCGUUACCCAAGAUUAUCAAAGAUGAAGCUAGAUUGCGGUGAUACAAUAGGCUAUGCAUUGACAGCCCCUUCUGGGCACAUGGAUCUUAGCUUAUGGGAGAGAUGGUUCUUGAAUGGUAUCAGAAGUUUAACACUAAACGAACUCGAUUAUUGGCCUCCACAAGACAGGGAAGUGAACCAAAGAAGCUUGUCACUUCCUGCGGCCGGACUUCUUGCACAAUGUGAUUCUUUAAGAAAGCUCUUCAUUCAUGGAACUGCUCAUGAACAUUUCAUGAUGUUUCUGAUCCGGAUCCCGAACCUAAGAGAUGUACAAUUGAGAUGUGAUUACUACCCUGCUCCCGAGAACGAUAUGAGCACCGAGAUGAGAGUAGAUUCGUGUUGUCGAUUUGAAAAUAAGUUGAAUGCCCGUCAGAUUCCCGAUUGAUUUUCAUAAAAUCAACAAAAUUGUAAUUUUC